AUAUAUUGAUUGGAAUUUUUUCUAAGAGGAGAAACCAAAAUCGUUCAUCUAUGGGGAGUGUGAAUUCUGUGGCGGAAGCUAAAACAGAGGAGGACCCUUCGACAUAUCAGAGAGAUGGGGAGCAAACUAAAGCCCUAAUCGAAGAAGACCAAGGAGCUAGGGAGGGAUCAAAAGACCUAAGUGAAGAUCAGAUUCAGAAGGAUGUGGAAGGAUCAAAAACCCUAAUUGAAGAUUUGAAUGUGACAGAGGAAGGAGAAGAUGAAGAGUGUGGAUUGUGCAAGUACAUAAAGGGAGGUGAGUGCAAGGAUGCAUUCAUUGAAUUGGAGAGAUGUUGGGAUGAAGCAAAGAAGAAUGAUGAAGACGAGACUAGUAAAUGUAAGGAGGCCAGGCUCAUGUUCAAGGCAUGUAAGAAUGAUAACCCUGUAUACUAUGAGCCCAUUCUUGCUCUUGAGGCUAGAGUGAUGGCUAAGAUGUUGAGCGAGUUGUUGUACGAGGAAAAGAAGGCUAUUAUGGCUGGUGAAGCUGCAGUCAUUGAGAGGACGUUAAGCGGGUUGAAAGAAGACGAUGCUGAGCCUAUUACAAUUCUCCCUGCUGAGGCUGCAGCCAUUGGGAAGGCUUUUAGCGACUUGGAAGCUCGAAAGAAGAAGGAGAAGGAAGCAGAAAGAUCCAAGGGAAACGAGAGUGAUCAUCAGAAUUAGAAUUAGGUAAGCUUUUAUGAGCAAAUUGAGACUCAAAUUAAUCAUUGUCUAAAUGAAUAUACUGAUUUUUAUUUGUCUAAACCCUUCAUUUUAUUUUUGUAAGGUUGACUUCUUAGUUCUUACUACAACAGGGUUGGUUAUGCAGUUUGAUGCAUCUGUUGAA